GUGAUGAUUCAAUGAAAUGGUGUUGGUGGUUAACAGAUUGAGCCGGUUACAAGUUGCUUUUGUGGACAGAUUGGAGAAGUGUUACACAAAGAUGAAUCAACUGAGAAAACUACAUAAAGCUGAAAUCAUCUCCAAUGGGUUAAAACUUUCUUUAUUUUCAAUUUCCUCAACUAGAAAGAAACUAGCUAAACAACAAUUCACUCAUCCUAUUUGAAAAGAUGAGAAAGAAGAAACGCAAAAAAGACAACACAAAGACUCAACAUUCCCAAAUCCAAACCAAUCACCUCCACCACCAAUCUCAAGAUACUGCUUCUUAUCACCAAGUUUCCAAUUUUGAAGAACAAGACAACCCAAACAGUGCUGAUAAAAGGCUGAAUAAUAUCAACUGGCCGGAGUCUAUUCAAAUAAAUGAUUUCGACUCAUUUGAUGCUGGCAUGAUUAAUGAAUAUCCAGACACUAGUUUUUUUGAAAUUAAAUUGGUCAAUUCUUCUAAUAAAGAUGUGAUAAAUUUGAAAAUGGUAUCUAUUGUUAUUGAUGGUUUUCAACAUUUUGUGGUGUUACCAAAGCCACUAUUCAUCAUGUUUGAUCCAGGAGGUAAUGAAAAUUUAAACUCAUUUUCAGUAAAGCUCCAUAAUUUAGCUGGUCAAGUAAUUUCAGAAAUGUUCAAUGAAGGUUUAAAUUCCACCAAGGGUUCUCUUGCAUUUCAAAUUGUAUUAAAGACAGUUAAUUGUUAUACUUUAAGGUUGAAGAUAAGUUAUUGGGUUUGGGAUGAUGAAAAGCUUCCAUUAUACCCCUUCAUUCUUUCAGAAAAUUUUUUGAUGGUGAAGACUAAAGGUAUUAGGUAUUUUCUGUCCUAUUAUUGGGAAUCUUUUCUAGAUGCUGAAAUGUUCCCAUUAUACCACUUUAUUCUUUCAGUUAAUUCCUUGGUGGUGAAGACUAAAGGUUUUAGGUAUUUUCUGUCCUAUUAUUGGGAAGCUUUUCUAAAUGCUGAAAAGUAUUUUUUGUUGAGUUCUUAGUUGUGCUGGCAUUGGGAUCCACUUCACAUUAAAAUUUAAGAAAAUGUGUGGAACCAUUGAAGUAGCUUUUGAAAGCUUUUAUCCCAUUGUCUUUUUUUGGUCUUGUGUUCUCUGGCCCCGGAAACUAUACAAUGAUGAUGAUGAAUCUGGCCGGAAAGAAAUCAUCAUUGCACAAGGGUGAGGGUGAGAUGUUUUUAUAGCACAAUCCCUAUUUUG